GCGGCUGCGGGUUAAAACCCACCGCGCCUCCUUCCUUGGGUGCUGUGAGGGGGCGCGCCCUGCUCGGAGGCACCCUGUCCCCUUGUUCUGAGUCCUGACAGAGUGCCCCGGGUUGGAGGCCGGAGGAGGUGAGGCCCUGGGCUCAAGCAAGGGCUGGGUGUCCACUCCCUGGCCCAGAGAUCCAGGCUUCUGGGUCAGCCUUGCCGCCAGGCGGCUGCAGGGAAAAAAGGCUCCUUUGUCUUGGAGAGACUUAAUGAACUCAACUCCAGACUCUUCUCUUGGAGUGAAGCAUCCAGAAUUUUCCAGACAAGCCUCAGGAGUCCUCCAGCUCCAGUUGGGAUGGGAAGCUUUUCCUUAAAGAAUGCACUUUGUGUUAAAGGAGGUCCUCCCCCCUUGUGGCUCCUCCCAGGAGGGCUGCUGUGGGUCUGUGCUUGUCCCCCUCUUGCUCACAAAGACUAAUUUGCUCUUAUUGUAAAACACGAAAGUUCUGAAAACCACCGAGAAGUAAGACAGAAAUUACUCAUCGUUUUAAUACUAAUGCCUUUGCCACACUCCCUUUGAGCCUUUCUUUAGCAUGUUUUCGUUACCUAUCCAAGCACUUUUUAAUGAAAAAUUAAACUCCUCUAAAGAUCAUUUUCAACAGUAAGUUGUACCUGCUUGCUUUCCCGGUUGGCAGCAGAAGCCGCGCUGGCGCCUCCUUGGCUGGGGGCAGCCGUGGGGUUUCGCACCCAUACAGACGGUGGGCACACGGCCCUCUGACGCAACCCCCCGGGGAAGUUGGGUGGCAGAUGGGCCCCGCUCACGGGAUUCUCACCUGUCCCAAGAUACUGUUCUUUGUGGGCUUUCAUCAGCUGUUUAGAAGCGUACAGCGGCCAGGGCAGUCUGUGUGCCCCACGGCCCGUCUGUGUGAGGGCAGGUCAGGGUCUGUACCCAGUGUAUGCGGGGUGUGGGCACUUAGCCGUGCGGGGCCGGCGCUGGGCGGCUCGCGGCCCUGCCAGCCUCCUUCAUCGGCGUCCCUGCCCGUGUGGCUGGGGCCCAGCAGGCCGACGCCAGUCUCUAGGCUGGGCCUCCCUCGGCCAGGCCAGUAGCGACUGGCAGGUACUUAAACCUGGGGGGUGAGUGGUUGGGAUUUUAGCACGUGCAGCAGAGCCUGGACUUUGCUGGCCUUUGUUCCCGUCCUGAGUGGCCUCUGCCAGGUCCUGGCAUCUGCUGGGGCACCUGCCCCCCACCCCCCAUUGGGAAGGAUUCUGCCUUGAGGCCAGGCUGGCAGCGAUAGGGCACGGCUGGUCCACUGAGGCGCCCCGCACUGAACGUCCUCGCGGCCUCCCUGUCUGGUCCUUCCCUGGCCAAGGGGGGUGACUGUGAGGUGCAGUGGGAGCUCAGGGGCCAUUGGGAUACACCCCAGGCUGUGGCGCAGCGGGUGGGGGGGGACACUGGCUCCUCACUCAGGAGUGUGUUGGGAAUCACAGCAAAGCUGGCCUUUAUCCCAUGUUGACCUCGUGCUGCACGGCGAUUUGUUCUUUUAAUGGCUUUAAUGAGACAUAAUUUACGUGACGUAGAAUUCACCUAUUAGCGGGUAACUCAGUGUCGUUUAGCAUUUGCAGAGAGUGCAACCAUAACCUCUAAUUCCAGGACAUCCCUCCCAUCCCCUCAGCAGGAACCCCGCCCCCAUCAGCAUCCACUCCCCCAGCCCCUGACAGCCAGGAACCCACUCCCGGUCUCUGUGGAUCUGCCUGUUCUGGACGUUUCCCACCAGUGGAAUCACACACCGUGGGUCCUUCUGUGUCUGGCUUCUCUCACUGAGCAUCGUGUUCUCAGGGUCCGUCCACGCGGUAGCGAGUGUCAGUGCUUCACCCCUUUUCAGGUGAUGUUCCCGGGUGUGGAGGGAUGUGGUGUAUCCACUCAACCGUCAGUGGACAUUCGGGUUGUCCCCACUUGGUGCCCGUUAGGAAUUGUGCUUCUGGGAAGCUGCGUGAGCGAUUGUGUUGAACUUCACUUUUAGUGAAUUCCUCCUCAUUUUAGUCUCUCUCCCAGAUCCCCGAUGGCCUCUUGCCAUAUGAUUAGAAGCAUCAGCAGAGAGGCCAAGGGGUGAGGGGGGUCUUGCUCAGUGUCCCUCGUCCAGAGCUGCCAUCGUCCCCUCCCCUGUUGUCUGUGGACCCAUGCCUGUCACCAUCCCCGUCUGGAGGGAAUGAGGUGGGUGCAUCCCCGGCGGCUGUGGGAUGGGCGACCGUGGUGGCAGCUCCUUUCCAUUCCUCUGUGAGCUCCAGGGGCUCUUCCGUUUCCCUCCUGGGUAGUCAGCGAGUCCAUCCCCAGCAGUCUGCUCUGCUCAGGCGGCACUGCAGGCAGGUCCCUGUGACACCCGCCCUGAGCAGCUGCGGCCGGGCCGGAAGGCUCGGCUUCCUGUCACUUUACUUCCUGCAUCCUGGCUGAGCGCCUGGCUUUUCCUCUUUCUUUAAAUACUGUUUUUCUAUUUUCCGGUCAGUGGUGUGCCUUGUAGGAGACGGAGAACUCAGAGAAGAUGUAGCAGCUCCUCCCUGGCCGGGUCUCUGCAGUGAAUGUCUCGGGGGUCCUCCUGCACGCCCCUUUUACCCGCUCGGAGCGCACAUCUCCAUGCCGCCUGUGGGUGUGGUUCUCCUCUUUCGGAGGAGCUGGACACUGUAGCCACUUCUCUGGUAUCCAUACUGGAACUUACACAUUUUUCUCCAGGAGGUUUCCAUCACGGUUAACUGACCACAUGAGCGCUCGACGCACCCACAGCGCGGGGACCUCCCUUCAGGGCUGGCUUUGUCGGCGUCGGAGUAGGGGGGAAAUCCAGCUGCUGAGGAGGUUACGGCACAAAAACGUCAUCCAGCUGGUGGACGUGCUGUACAACGAGGAGAAGCAGAAGAUGUAUAUGGUGAUGGAGUACUGCGUGUGCGGCAUGCAGGAGAUGCUGGACAGCGUGCCCGAGAAGCGCUUCCCCGUGUGCCAGGCCCACGGGUACUUCUGCCAGCUGGUGGACGGCCUGGAGUACCUGCACAGCCAGGGCAUCGUGCACAAGGACAUCAAGCCCGGCAACCUGCUGCUCACCACGGGUGGCACGCUCAAGAUCUCCGACCUGGGCGUGGCCGAGGUAGGUGCCCCCACCCCCAAGCCGGGCCCAGGGUUGCUCACCACGGGUGGCACGCUCAAGAUCUCCGACCUGGGCGUGGCCGAGGCCCUGCACCCGUUUGCCGAGGACGACACGUGCCGGACGAGCCAGGGUUCCCCCGCGUUCCAGCCGCCCGAGAUCGCCAAUGGCCUGGACACCUUCUCUGGCUUCAAGGUGGACAUCUGGUCAGCUGGGGUCACACUCUACAACAUCACGACAGGCCUGUACCCAUUCGAGGGGGACAAUAUCUACAAGCUGUUUGAGAACAUCGGGAAGGGGGACUACACCAUCCCGGGGGAUUGUGGCCCCCCACUCUCAGACCUGCUCAAAGGGAUGCUGGAAUACGAGCCGGCCAAGCGGUUUUCCAUACAGCAGAUCCGGCAGCACAGCUGGUUCCGGAAGAAGCACCCGCCAGCCGAGGAGCCGGUGCCCAUCCCGCCGAGUGCGGACUGCAAGGACCGGUGGCGCGGCAUGACAGUGGUACCCUACCUGGAGGACUUGCACGGCUGUGCCGACGCUGCGGAUGACGAGCUCUUCGACAUUGAGGACGACAUCAUCUACACUCAGGACUUCACGGUGCCCGGUCCCGGAGGAGGAGGCUGGGCGGAGCGCACAGAGCCGGGGCCCGCCCAAAGCCAUGUGUGUGAAUGGCACCGAGUCAGCCCAGUUGAGCGCCAGGUCGAGGGCAGAGCGCCGGGCCAGUGCCGCCUCCAACCCCGCCCGCAAGGCCUGCUCGGCCAGCAGCAAGAUUCGCCGGCUGUCAGCCUGCAAGCAGCAGUGAGGGUGGCCGCCUGCAGCCUGUCUCCAGGAGCCCCGGCCAGGUCCUGCUCAGUCUUCCCGCCGACUGCUGGCCUGCUGCUCACUGCCCAGGAAGGCCGCCGCUGCACCCUUCGUGCUGACUGCCCCUCCGGAAGCCGGAGGGUCCUGGAGGGCUGUGGUUGGGGGACAGCAGGGACUGGGGUCCGCCCUCCCUUGGUGGCCGGUGGACAUGACCUCCUGCUGACUGCAAUCCUGUGCUGAGCCCCUUCCCCCCGCCGGGGGAGGAGGGAGUGGGCCCGGCGCGGCCCCACGCCAGCCCUCGCCAUGCACUUUACGUUGAGACUACUGGUUCUCGCCCGCCCCGACCCCUCUUUUUACUCUGCCGCUCGUUAGCGCCUCCCACACCUGGUGAUGUGUUCCCACCAACCACAGCCUCAGCGGGACGGGCAGGACAAGUGGGCCUGUCGACCGAGAUGCAUGCCCAGUGCCCAGGGGAGCCCGGCGGCUGCCUUGUUUUCAUUGUUUGGUUGGUUCUUUUUUCUUCUUUUUUAAGAAAAAAUAAAACAGGUGGAUUUGA